CAGUUACCAUAGUUCUGGGAACUCAGUGUUUCCAUGAUUCCCGGAAUCAUUGAUUCCGGUUCUGUUACAAGUGUUCAGUUUGUUUUCAAGUUAGAGUCAGUCGGGGUCUGGAUUGUUAGGAUGAGUAAUUCAAGCAUUGGGGAAAUGUUUGGUACUGUUGCCAUGGUUACUGCUCAAGGCGGUAUGAGUAGACAAACUUGGAGAUGGCUUGGUAUCGCUCUACUAUUUCUCAUCGGUAGUUCAGUUCUGAUAAACGCUAGUUUGGUGUCUCUGUUCUGUAUCAAGGGCCGAUAUAAGAAGUCCUACCAUCAAGCCUACAUCAACUUAGCCUGCAGUGAUCUGGCCUUCUCAUUGUGGGGAGUUGCUUUUACCGCUCCUAACUACUUCUUCGGUAGAGAUGAAGGAGUAAUGUGCACCGCCAUCCCACUGAUAGGGAGCUAUCUGUUCACAGUUAACUUGUCCUCUGUUCUUCCUAUCGCUGUGGAUAGACUGGUAGCGGUUUACUCGCCUAUGAGGUAA